GGUAGCGGCGCGGGCCAGGGUAGCGGAGCCGGAAUGGGAAGCGGCGCGGGCCAGGGAAGCGGCGCGGGCCAGGGAAGCGGCACCGGAAUGGGAAGCGGCGCGGGCCUGGGAACCGGUUAUGGUCAGGGUAGCGGUGCUGGAAUGGGAAGCGGCGCGGGCCAGGGAAGCGGCGCUGGAAUGGGUAGCGGCGCUGGAAUGGCAGCAGCGGCGCGGGCCAGGGAAGCGGCGCUGGCCAGGGAAGAGGCGCUGGAAUGGGUAGCGGGCGCGGGCCAGGUAGCGGCGCUGGAAUGGGAAGAGGUUAUGGUCAGGGUAGCGGCGCCGGAAUGGGAAGCGGCGCGGGCCAGGGCAGCGGCGCUGGAAUGGGUAGCGGCGCGGGCCAGGGUAGCGGAGCCGGAAUGGGAAGCGGCGCGGGCCAGGGAAGCGGCGCUGGAAUGGGAAGCGGUAAUGGUCAGGGUAGCGGCGCCGGAAUGGGUAGCGGCGCUGGAAUGGGUAGCGGCGCUGGAAUGGGAAGCGGCGCUGGAAUGGGGGCGGCGCGGGCCAGGGCAGCGGCGCUGGAAUGGGUAGCGGCACGGGCCAGGGUAGCGGAGCCGGAAUGGGAAGCGGCGCGGGCCAGGGAAGCGGUUAUGGUCAGGGAAGCGGCGCUGGAAUGGGUAGCGG